CCGCUGUUUAUGUUUAACUUAACCUAUAAAAGCUGUUGAAUAAAAUAUUAUAGGCUAUUAUAGUUUCGUAUGAAUUUACAAAAUGAGACGUAGUUUGGCUCCCAGCCAGAAAUUCAAAAAUGAUACCUCCAUCGAAAAGAAUGGUUUUACUGUACCUGCAAGAACUAAACGCACCAGAGAACAUUCUAAAGAUGACAAAAGUAAUAAAUUACGGAAACCUUUAUUGCAAAUUAAUACUCAGAUUGUUUUUAUCUCGGAUCAUGAAGAAUUAAUCAAGAAGCUAUCUAAACCUUUUAAAUGCCCCAUUCCAAACUAUGAAGGGUCAAACUCGACAAGGAAUCUCGGAAUUAGGCGAACACAGGCAAAAAGGGCUCUGUACGAUCCUAAUAUGCCUAAUGCGUUGGUACUUUACGCCCCUCCCGAAAUCUCUGAACAUGAGAAGCUGAAAAGCGACAGUAUAAAAUUGGUACAUGUGGUGGUGGACCCUCUUUUGGGCAAUAUACUGAGACCUCACCAAAGAGAGGGUGUUAAAUUCAUGUACGACUGUGUGACGGGUGUACAAAUACCAGGUUCCUUUGGUUGCAUCAUGGCUGACGAGAUGGGUUUAGGAAAGACAUUGCAGUGUAUAACACUUCUCUGGACUCUGGUACGGCAAGGACCAGAAGCGAAGCCUACUAUAACCAAGGCCAUAAUCGUAUGUCCCAGUUCUCUAGUUAAAAAUUGGAGCAACGAAAUCCACAAGUGGUUAGGGGGUCGCUUACAAAGCAUGAUAAUGGACGGAGGCACAGAUAUAAAGAAAAGGUUGACACAGUUCAUGCAAGGACAGGGCCCGACGGCCAUACCGGUUCUUAUAAUUUCCUAUGAAACGUUCAGAAUGCACGCUGAUAUUUUGCAUGCAGGUGAAAUAGGGCUUGUUCUCUGCGACGAAGGGCACAGGCUGAAAAACUGUGAGAACCAAACGUACAGAGCUCUGAUGGGGUUAAAGGCAAGACGGAGGGUUCUAUUGAGCGGUACGCCCAUUCAGAACGAUUUAUUGGAAUACUUUAGCCUCAUUCAUUUCGUCAAUGAAGGUUUAUUGGGCAGCGCUUCGGAAUUUAAGAGGAAGUUUGAAAAUUACAUCUUAAAAGGUCAAGACUCGAUGGCGACGGAGCUGGAAUGUCGACACGCGUCGGAGAGACUGCAAGAACUCACCAUGAUCGUGAAUAAAUGCCUGAUCCGCCGAACCUCCUCCCUCCUCACUAAAUACUUGCCUGUAAAAUUCGAAAUGAUCGUCAUUUGCCAACUGACCCCUAUACAAAAACAGCUGUACCUAAACUACAUAAAUUCUGAGUCUAUAAAGCGUUCAGUGACCGAAGAGAGCGUUAAACCAACGUUCAGCUCGUUGGCCAGCAUAACCACCCUGAAAAAGUUGUGCAAUCACCCCGACUUAGUUCUGGACAAAAUACUGGAGGGAGCGGAAGGGUUCGAGAAGUCCCGGGGACUGAUGCCGCCCCGGAACGGUGAGAACGAGGUCAGGCCCGAGUUAUCGGGGAAACUGAUGCUGCUCGAUUGUUUCCUGGCGAAUUUGAAGGUGAACUACACCGAUAAGAUCGUUUUAGUGUCGAAUUACACUCAAACUUUGGACUUGUUCGAACGGCUGUGUAAAAGAAGGGGAUACUUGUAUGUACGGCUGGACGGUACGAUGUCGAUUAAAAAGAGAGCAAAAGUUGUUGAAAAUUUCAACAAUCCUGAGUCUAAAGAGUUCAUUUUCAUGCUGAGCUCGAAAGCCGGCGGUUGCGGGUUGAAUCUUAUAGGCGCAAACAGACUGAUAAUGUUCGACCCAGACUGGAACCCCGCGAACGACGACCAAGCAAUGGCCAGGGUGUGGCGUGAUGGACAACAGAAACCUUGUUAUAUAUACCGAUUUUUGGCGGCCGGGUCCAUAGAGGAAAAGAUAUUCCAGAGACAGGCGCACAAGAAAGCGCUGAGUUCGACGGUGGUGGACAUGAACGAGGAAACGGCGAGACAUUUCAGUGUCGCGGAAUUGCGGGAUUUGUUCAGGUUAGAAGACACGGAGUCGGAUACGCACAAGAAGUUGAAGUGUAAGCGAUGCCUAAAUCGGAUUCAGAUAAAGAAUCCACCCGACGACGCGGAUUGUACAGACGAUCUGGCCCGGUGGUACCACUGUUGGGACAAGAAGGGGCUAGCGGAUAUGGUUUUGAAGCAGAUCUGGGACAUGUCGAAAUAUAUUUCGUUUGUUUUCCACCAGAAAUCGGCUCGACAGGAGGUCAAACCUGUCAAGAGUUUUGAGGAAGAAGAAGAAAAUGACGACCCCGAUUUCAACGAAAAGGAUAAUUCCAAUGAUUCUGAUUACUCGGAAUAAAAUUUUUAAUUGAAUUACCUUUAAUUGUUUGUCGUAAUUUUAUAUUUAAGUUAUAUGAAAAC